AUGGUGGAUAAUGAAGAUGGAGUUGGAUUAGUAGGAGAACAUGGAGCAGGAUAUGGUGCUAGUGGGGGAGAAGGUGGAGGUUCAGGUUAUGGAGCUGCUGGUGGAGCACAUGAUGGUGGUGGAGGAGGCGGUGCAGGAUAUGGUGCUGGUGGAGAACAUGGUGCCAGCGGAGGUGGUGGUGGUUAUGGUGGUGGUGCUGGUGGAGCUCAUGAUGGUGGUUAUGGAAGUGGAGGAGGAGCCGGUGGUGGUUCUGGUUAUGGUGAUGGAGGUGAGCAUGGUGCCGGUGGUGGUUCCGCUGGCGGUAGCGGAGGUUGUGGUGGAUAUGGUGCUGGAGGAUAUCAUGGUGCUGGAUACGGUAGUGGAGGUGGAUCUGGUGGAGGUGCAAGCAGUGGUAGCUCUGGAAGAGCGCAUGGUGGUGGAUAUGGAGGAGGUGGUGGUAGUGGUGGAGGUGGUGGUUCAGGGUAUGCCGCAAGAGGUGAACACGGAGCUGCCUAUGGCAGUGGUGGUGGAAGUGGUGAAGGGGGUGGUCAUGGAGGUGGUGGUUACUAA